AUGGCCGAUAUUGCACGACUGCUUGUCCAACUUGGCCACGUUGAGGACGAAGUGAGAAAAGUGAAGAAGAACAUUUGUGUAGAUGGUGUUCUUCAGCCGAGUUUGGCACGAAGAAUGCUGUACGAAGGAGAACUCCAGUGCCACUACAAGGAGUAUCGACGAGUGUGUUUCGAGCUGUUGUCAACACUUCCACCCGAGAGGCACGAUGAGCUCGACAAGGAUGCCGCGCAUUUUGAGGAGAUGUACAAGGAUGCAUGUGUACUGGUGGAAAAGUUGUUCUAUUCCUUCCCGUCUACCGGUGACAUGCAUCAAAACGACAGAACGUCAUCCAGCUGCUUCACUGCGACGACUGUGUCACGCUGCCAUACCCCUCCGAUCCGAAGCCGAUCAAUGAAUUCAACGACGGAACACCCCGUUCCGAUUCUCGCUGAGACCGAAACGCCACGCACAUCAUUUCCAAACAGAAUCAAGGUGAGUACGAUUGUUGCCGACUCAUUCCAGUACGAGAAGCCGCUACACGAUGAAGAUUCCACGAAGAACAUGAAUCCUCCGACGAGCCAGAAGGAUUCACGUGUCGGCAACGAGCCGAACGAGUUUGUCGAUAGCAAGACCGAAGACUCGAAGACGAUAACGAUCCCGAUGCCAACCGGACUCGGUCCGGUACUGAUGCCGUUUCGCCCACCUCCUGGAUUCCAUCCGACGCCUAAGCGGAACCCGAUGCCAACCGGAAUGCCUCCGGUGUCCCAGUGCCCAACCGGUGCCUCUCCGGUACCACAGCCGCUUCAGAGUGCGACCGGUUCUCAACCGGUAUCCCAGCCGCUUCGACCCACGACCGGUUCCCUACCGGUAUUUCAUCCGCUCCAAUGCAAGACCGAUUCUCUUCCGACAUCGCAGCAGUCCCGAUGCGUGACCGGAUCUUGUCCGGUGCUCCAGAUCCCGUACGUGACCGAAUCCUUUCCGACGUCGAAGCUUCCAACCCCGAUGACCGGAUUGCCUCCGGUGCAAGAGCAAUACCCGUGUGCUGACGAACCAAAUCCGAAGCGACCCGAUGUAGCCGGAAUUCCUCCGGUGUUGAAGCCAUUCCUGUCGACUGUCGAAAUUUCGCCGGUGACCACGCCGGCCCUGAUGCCCAUCGGUGCCAGCCCGGUGAAGAAGUCAGCCAUUACGUCCGUCGAUGCUCGUUCGGCGACCAAGCCGACCAUGAUGUCCGCCGGCCCCACUCCGGUGGCCAAACCGAUCUCGCCGUCCGCUGGAGCCAGUCCAGUGGGCAGUUCCGCCCCGAUGGUCGUCGGUUUUCAUCCGAUGGUCAAGCCGACCCCGAUGUCUAUUGGAACCAGUCCAGUAGGCAGUUCCGCCCAGAGGUCCACCGGUACUAAUCCGGUGGUCAUGCCGAUCCCGAUGUCCACUGGAACCAAUUCAGUGGGCAGCUCCGACCUGAGGUUCACCGAUGCCAAUUCGGUGAUCAAGUCCGCCCUGAUAGCCGUCGGUACCCUUCCGAUGGUCAAGCCAACGCCGAUGUCCGCUGGAGGCAGUCCAGUGGGCAAUUCCGCCCAGAGGUCCAUCGGUACCAGUCCGGUGGUCACGCCGAUCCCGAUGUUCACUGGAACCAAUCCAGUGGGCAACUCCGCCCUGAGGUUCACCGACGCUCGUUCGGUGAUCAAUUACGACCAGAGGUCCAUCGGUACCAGUCCGGUGAUCAAGCCAACCCUGAGGUCCGCCGGUGCCCUUUCGGUGGUCAAUUCCGCCCCGAUGUCUGUCGGUACCUUUCCGGCAGUCAAACCGACCUUGCCGCCCAUCGAAGCCAAUCCGCCUCCAAAGUCCACUGGAACGAGUCCAGUGGUGAAGCCGACCGUGAUAUCCACCGGAGCCAAACCGGAAGCCAAACCCUUCAACGACUCAGCCGGUCUCUGUCCGGUAGCCAAGCCAUCCCCGAAGCCCAACGAUCUCCGUUCGGUGACCCAGUCAAACCCGACGUCAUCCAGCACUGUUGCAGUGAACCCGCCAGCCCCAACAAUGAAGAUCAACGAGACAAAUCGAACGAAGAAGCGAACCCCACCGAUAGCCGGAACCCGUCCGGCACGCAAUCGAGUCCAGAGCAGGACACAUCAAGUGCAAACCCCGAAGACUUCAGAAAUCCGCCCGGCAACAAGUUGUGCCCUCAUGCCCUCUGGAAUCCGUCCGAUCACGAGAACAUCAACGAGGAAGCAGUGGAUCGUGGUGGCCCUGAAGUUCGGUCAACCACCACUGGAUCCGCCACCGGUCAACGCGACUGGUGUUUUCGAACAGCUUCAUUCCGACACGCGGCCGAGGAAACCACCAGAUGUACCUCCGAAGCAAAUUCGACCCAGUGAAGCCAUCGUGGAGCGUGUGUCCCGAACGCGUCCACCCAAAGACCCGAUCAAGAGGCUGGUCAGCAUUCUCCCACCUAUUCUGGCCGGGGAGUAUGUUCGCGCCAACGCGAAGUGGUAA